AUUUAUUUAUUUAUUUAAGGCAAAAGGCGUUUUUGCACAAGCAGUCUUUGUGCAUCUAUUCUCGAUAAUAAGGUACCUAUGUUAAAAACAAACUACUCGGUUGACUAAGCUUUAGGACCCUGAGGAAUCACACCAGAUGUCGAAAUCCUGAAUGUGACGUAGCGAAAAGGAAACACCCCGUCGGAAUUGUUGUAUCAUGAUGCCGCCGUAGCAGGAAAUGGAUGCUGUUCUGACACUCCAGUGGGCAUUUAGCUGUAACUAGCUGUUCACAAAUACAGAGGCACGCUUGAUGCUCCGAAACUUAAAUACAGUAAAGGGCUCGUCUACUAACUCAUGUAUGCACUAGAAAAAAAACAUACACACCAGCUUUGUUUGCUCCCGGAAGACUCGUCAGUCUGCUUCUGCGUCCGUGAUCCACUUGUGCUUGCGUGGCAGUGAUGUGAUGUGGUGUGGUUAUUUGUGACAUCACGUCACUCCAGCAACGUUAAUACACAGUGCCGUGCAGAGAGGCUGGAGCUUACAAAUCUGAAAUCACAACCAGGAAGGGGACGCAUUCAUUCAUUCAUUCAUUUAUUCAUACAUUCAUCCUUCUCCGUUCAUUCAUAUCAACUCGUAAAAUAUACUACCAAGGAGCUAAGGUGCAUCAGUAACACAAUGACCAACUAAAGCCAAACAUUUUUUGUAUUGUUAUUUAUUUGUUAUUUUUUUAAUUAACUUGCCAGUAAGUUUUAUUUUUAAAUUUUGACAUUCAAAAUGGAGGAUGAAGACAUGGAUCAGAUCAUUUUUGUAUUGAAUCAGCUGGUUUUGUGGGUUGCUGCGGGUGCCAUGAUGUUUGGAGGUGUAGUGCCAUACAUUCCUCAGUACAGGGACAUCAGAAGAACGCAGAACGCUGAGGGAUUCUCAAGUUACGUGUGUCUCGUCUUGCUGGUGGCAAACAUUUUAAGGAUAUUGUUUUGGUUUGGGCGACAUUUCGAGACGGCACUCUUAUGGCAAAGCAUAAUCAUGAUUAUGACUAUGCUAAUCAUGCUACGCCUCUGUACAGACAUCAGGGUGGCCAAUGAACUCAAUAUGAAGCGCAGAGCCUUUGCAGCAACAGACAGUAAGGAUGAAGAAGUCAAAGUUCCUAAGAAGUUCUUUCUGGAUUUUGAAUUGAAAUACUUCUGGCUGUGGAGCAGGUUUAUGGAUUAUCUGCAGUGUGUCCUAUCAUUCACUGCUUUAGCAGCUUACAUUACCUACCUCUUCCUGGACUCCGGUAUCUUUGUGGAAACACUGGGCUUCCUUGCUGUGUUCACCGAAGCCAUGCUGGGCAUGCCACAACUCUACCGCAACUACCAAAACAAGUCCACUGAGGGCAUGAGCAUCAAGAUGGUGUGCAUGUGGACCAGCGGGGACACCUUUAAGACAGUCUACUUCGUGUUGAACCAGGCCCCGGUCCAGUUCUCCAUCUGUGGACUGCUCCAGGUCUUUGUGGACGUUGCCAUUCUUUUCCAGGUCUACUACUACAGCCGCUAUCCCCAGAAGCCAGUUUCCCACACUGUCCACACCACCAGUGCCAAGGCACUCUGAGCACAAAGUUGUAAACAUCAAAUGUGUCUACCCACACACUCCUGCAGCUACCUGGGGCUUUAUACACAUGGCCAGUAACUGAUUCCACCAGUUUGAAAACCAAACCUGGGUUGCUUGCAUUUAUGGAUUUGUGUUACUACAAUAAUGGACAAAUGUUUCUGCAGCUGUAAUUUAUAUUUUUAUAUAUAAAUAUAUUAAAGACACUUUUUUUUCCCCUGCAACUGGCUCAAGACGAUGAAGAUUGCCUUUGCCUUUUUGAUGAAAAGGAUGGUUCCAUUUUAAACAGAUUAUGUUAUUAAUUACAAUAUUUUUUUUUUUGCGAAUCUUUUACGAAUGUACAACAGAACUGAUAUUGACAAUUUUGAAAGGGCUUAUGGACUUUUCUGCCGUCUGAAAGCUUUUAAAUUGUCUCCAUUUCCUGGCACAAGAUUCAUUAACGUCAUACUUUCUUCCUGCCUCUCUAUUCCCAUGUGUUCCUGCAAAAUUCACAACUUAGUUUAAAAGAAACAGGAUAGCAGUGAUGACGACUCCUGCUUCUUUUGAAAAUGUCUGCCUGUGUACGUCAUGGAUGAUUCCAGAUAAGGCAGUAACAUUUUUGUUCGUCUUUACUCGGGCAGUCAAGUCAUUCUACUCAGAUUUAAGAUGCAGGCCAGUUUUGAGAAGAAAUAAAUUGUUUACAAAUUGCGUCUUAAAUUGAAAGCAAUACGGUAAUUGUAAUUGGUGUGUAUGUAAAUGUAAUAUCCUCAAGAUUAUAUUUAUGUACGCUGGUUUGCCUUCUCGUUUCAGUACGCCACAUGUCAUGUUACAUCAUACUAUUUUCAUGAAGUAUUUAUUUACCUUCUUAUUGUGCAAAGGUCAUCGCUGUGUUUGGUUUAAAGGUCCCAGACCGUGUCAGGCUGUUGUAUCAUUUAUAUCUGCAUCUUUCACUGGUGGUCUUGGUACAAAGUUUACUCUUCUGACACUUACAAACAUUUAAUGUGAUUGGCAUUUUCUUUUCAUUAUUGAUUUAAUUUAU